CCAUCACUAGUUCUGGAGAUGUGCAGAUCUCACUGGCCCGUUUCGCCGGCGACCAGGGUUGGCAAAUCGGCUGCGCCGGUGUUGGUCCGUUAUACAUUUCACAAAUUCUACAUUAAAUUGUAUCAGCAUGGACUCCCCGCUGAACGAUGGCUCUCAACAUCCUCCGCCGCACGCUCCCCAUCCCCUGGCGGACUAUCAGUUUUCUGCGGAGGAGGUGAAGGCGUUACGUGAGUGCAACACGGAGUCAUUCUUCCAGCGCAGCCUGCCCUUCGGCACUGGACUGGGCCUGCUGGCCUACUUCGGCGUCAAGAACGGCUAUUUGCAGGGACACGUCAAGUACGGCGCCGUGCCCAAGGUCGUGAUGGGCGUCAUUCUGGGCUACUUUGUGGGCAAGUUCAGUUACCAGCAGAAGUGUGCCGAGAAGAUCAUGCGCCUACCCAACUCCCAUCUGGGCGAGCUGCUGCGCCAGCGGAGACAGGGCGGCGGGGUCAUCAGCUCCAUCACACCGGACGAGAAUCUGGGCAGGGCCUUCACUCUGGCACCCUUCUCGCCGAGCUCAGCGGACGUGUACAGCGAUGAGGCGUAUCAGCCCGGGAGAAGCACUGCUCUCAAUCUGGACACAGAAUCGCGCCCUACUUUGUCCGGCCUAGACGACAUCUACCGCCCCACCCUGGACUCAGCUGGUUCGAUGCUGGAGGCGGAGUUGCCCUUGGAGCCGUCUAAGCCGGGCCAGUCUUACGAGGACCUGCGACGAAGGAACCGAGAAGAGUACUCGAAGCACCAGCAGAGCCCAUACUCGCGACCUUACGAACCACCAGUUCCCGUUCAACAGCGACCCGUGGAGCAGACACGAAGUGAACCCGCUGGAAGAAAGAACCAAUACGGCGACUCCUGGACUGAUUAAGCUGACACACUAGGUAUUGUUAUUUUGUUGGACAUUAAACGCGCAUAAAGUUCUGUGGAAA